AUGUCCUCAGAUUCGAAUACCGUCUGCUCAUACAAGGAACUUCUCAAUUCAGAAAAUGACCGCUACGUCGAGGAAACCGGAAUCACCGCGGCAUCGCAGCAAUCGGCACGCCGCUAUACCUGGCUCCUUCCCGUUUUUUCAAUGGGCUGGGUCAUUACAACGUUGAUUUGUACAGCAAUUGCUUUAGCUAGCUGGCACAAUACCCAGAAACUUGAUUCUAUCAAUGGACUUAUCCAGCGAAGCCUUGUCAUAGACUCGGACCUCCUAAAAUACGCAAACGAACACAGAUACCAAGGCCUCCCACAGCCUUCAAACGCACUCAUGCAGAUGGUAACUAUCGAUGGACUCGAAGUUCCAGGUUAUGAGCUCAAGUACAACGCGAGCUAUUGCGACGAGUUCGCCAAUCCAGCCGGUGCUCCUUCGCGCGGGUGCGUCCUAGAUCGCGUUCAAGGAGGUUGGGUGCCCGAAGUCUGCUCUGACCGAGAGUUGCGAGAAGCUUGGGAUUCGAUGCCGGAUUUCGGAUGGUGGCUCGACGAGGCGCGUACUCAGAAAGUUUCUCAAGAGCGUGUGUAUCGUGGCGAUCCGGAGAUUGCAGGCCGUACUGUUUACACGAGCGUCAAUUACCACCUGCAUCACUGCGUUGCAGUGAUGCGUCUUCGCAACAAGAACAGCUUGCGAAAGGAUCGCGGCCUGACGUUUCACAUGCUCAGCCACCAUCAUAUUGAGCAUUGCUUUGAUCGGUUUUUAGAUUGGCUUACUCCGGAGGGGAUCAAUAUCACAAAAAUGCCGACAGAAAUACGUUUUUCGAGCGCCGGCGUUGUGGAUAACAAGGACAAAAGAACUUCCGAGUGUUAUGUACCAGUUUAG